AUGCAGCACGUGGAGCUCCGCGCGUUCCAGCGCGACAUCCUGGAGCUCGUGCGGGAGAAGAACGUCGUCAUGGUGGGGGACACGGGCAUCGGCAAGACGUUCCUCGCCAUCGCCUUGCUCAGUGAACUCGACUACUCGGGGGACAAGCGCGCGUUCUUUAUGGCUCCUACGCGCCAGCUCGUGGUCCAGAUCACCGCCAAGAUCCAGCAGACGAGCACGUUGAGGGUCAGUGCGUACUACGGCAGCACCGCCGACUUGUGGGACGCGGCCCAGUGGGAGCGCCAGCUGCAGCUCAUGCGCGUGUUUGUGUGCACCCCGGAGAUCGUACGCAACGCGUUACUUAAGGGCUACGUCUCGCUCACUCGCAUGAACCUGCUCGUGUUUGACGAGUGCCACCACGUGACCAAGCGCCAUCCGUACGCCCAAGUGAUCAAGAUGUACAACGAGGAGGACGCGACGACCAUGCCCCGGAUCUUUGGCACGACGGCGUGUCCCACGCGUCAAUGUGCCGAGAAGUUACAUGCAGAGAUGAAGAAAGUGGAGCUGGACAAGACGCAGAUUGCCGAGUUCUCGGCGGCCGCUCCGAUCGUGUACGAGACGUACGCGGUGCAGAAGCCGUGGACAGUCAAGGGACAUGAGGACGAAGAAGCGGGAGACGAUACGUGGGUCUUUACCAACAUGGAGCGGGAGCUGGCGGAAGUGAAAGCUAUGGCGGUAGUUGAGAAGCUGUUGAAGAAGGGGAAGAGCGAUGCUGCAACUGACUCGGCCAAGUUGGAAAAAGCGAAGAAAAAGUUCUCGCAGAAUUGUGUCACUAUAUACAAGAACUUGGGUCCAUGGUGCUACUACCGCUUUGCUGAGCUGGAGAUUCAUCGACUGGCGAUUGCAGCAUCGCUAUUGAUCACAGUGCCGGGAAGCAUGUUUGGACUGGACAAAGAUGCAGUCAAGACGAUGUUGUUGCUAACAGCGAAGCGCGAUCACUGUGAGUUUGCGUGCUCGGUGAAAGUGAAAAAGGCGGAGGAUAUUCUGCGUAGGCAUCUGUUUGAUGGAGAUGACGAGGCCGGGUGUGCGGUUGAAUCGGAGCAUGCUGCUAGUGACGAAUUCGAAUGCGAUAACGCACCUACCGACGAUCUAGCGCUAAGUAAGUCAGCCCUUGUGGAAGAGGACGACGAGGACGGCGAGGAAAUCGAUGAUGAUCAUAAGCGUGGUCGACUCGAUCUGCAGGGCAUUGUCUUUGUGAAUACGCGAACCGAAUGUCGUGUGUUGUCGGACUACUUUAACGAAAAGUUUGCGUCGCUUAUAGAAGAAGACGACGAUCCUGACGAAGCGUCAUCCAUGGUGUCGAAUAACCAGAUUCUGGAUGAGACAACGGUAGACCAACCCUUUGCCAGCAUAUUGGGCAGAGCAUCACGUAGUGACACGGCUUCCUUUCUACUACCCAAGAUGGAAACUACACUGAAGAAGUUCGAGUCAGGGUCAAUUCGUGUGCUGGUCUCCACAGCUGUCUCUGUGGAGGGCGUUGACUUUCCUCAAUGCGGGCUGAUCGUUGUCAUGGACCGCGUUGGAACGGCGCGUAUGUUGGUGCAGCUAAAGGGUCGUGCACGUCACGAAGAUGGCAUUGUGUACUAUUUGGCAGAAGCCGAUGAUCUUGCUCACGAGGUGUACUACAAACAGCUGGUCCAUGACGCUGAAGUGAUCAAUCAGCUCGAGUUUUCCAAACAGAAGGUUGAAACUAUUCAGCAACAGCCGCGAUCUAUCUCCGCUCAAUUGAUGGGCAACGGUGAGCAGAAGAUCGUCAUCGAAUCCACUGGUGCGGUUUUGGAUCUGGACAGCAGUAUUGCGUACAUCAAUCAGUUCUGCCAGUCGUUGCCGAGCAAGUUGUUCACUGUGAACGCGAAGCUGUUGUACUCCAUCUCUGAAACGCACUUUGGGGGAAAGAGUAUGUUUACAGCCGAGCUCAACCUUCCAGUCGAACUCGAGCUGGAAACGUUUCGGAGUGACCCGAUGCAUUCGAAAGCCAGUGCUCGUGCUUCUGCAGCAUUCAGGGCUUGCCAGAAGCUUCUGGACCGGCAGCUCAUUGAUGAUUCGCUAAAUUCGAUCUACCGGUCGACCAAGGUGAAGUCGUCGUCGAACGCUCGAGACUUGUCCUACUUUCUCAACCGCCUACAUACGUGA